GGAGGUGUGAAUGGUAACAAGCCGGCAUGCAUUUUUCAAAAGAACCACACAGGCUGCUGAGCGCUGGAGUGAGCCGAAUGACAUCUUGUUCCCCGGUUGGCUAAUUUCAAGCCCCCGUCUGCACCAAUCGGCAGGGGCCGUGUUGCCCACGUGAAGGCCAGGCGCGAGAUUAAAUUCAAACGGCCGGGUGGGACAUUUGUGAGUCGGUUGUGUCGCUUCUGCGGGUGAAUCUUUCCUUUGCAAAGGCAAGCGGAUUGGAAAAUCCAGGAAAGUUCAAAAACUGAAUUCUUGUCAACAACAAAAAUGGAAGACAAAGAAAAUGCCAGCAUAUCUCCCAGGAUAUGGAACGAAGGAGACAGUAUACUUGAAAACACUUUUGUUUCCCCUAAAAACUUAGAUUCCCAUGUAUUGAAACAAAUUAAAACAGAUACAAAUAGUAAUUCUCCAAACAAGACAACACUAGCAGAUACUGAAUCUGUAGCAGUAAAAUCCAAGGUUGUGUCAUUUACUCAGACCUUUCUACAGAAAGCAAAUGGAAAGAAACAGAUAAAAGCAGAUGUCUCCGAUUCUGUUCCAUGCAUCUCAGAUAAACGUAUACUUGGCUCAUAUCGUGGCAAAAUAGUUUCUUCUAAGGUAAAUUCCUUCAGAAAAGUUCCAGCAAAUGAGCCUAGAAAUUUUCCUGCUCUGCCUAAAUCAAGUGUAAAAUCAGCCACAAAUAAUACAACCAUAAGGGAUGCUAAAGUCACUGGCAACGCUUGUGCUCCUAAGGUCCUAAAUUCCACCCCUUUUCAGACGAGUACUGUGAGAGUUUCUGUUUAUCAUCCCAAAACUAUUCUGAAUCAAGAGAAACAAUCUAUUAGUGGUGGCCCAGAGAAUACUGGGACAACCCAAAAGAACUGUUUCAGCAAUCGGAAAUCACUAUUAAAGACUGUUCCAAUCAAUGCUAAUGAUCCUGUCCCGAGGACAAAGAAAUUUGCUUCAUCUAAAACUGUUAGUGGAAGCCUAAAAGUGCCACUUCCCGAAGCUAUGUCAGCUUCAAAAUCAAAAGCUCAGUCAUCUCUAGAUAUGAGAAGAGUUCAGCUAGCUGAAUGGCAGGCUUCAAAAGGGAUAAAGAAGGCACAUAACACCAUACCUGCAAAAAGCCAGCCUAAAACAACAAGUCAGCAAACUAUAAAAGAACCAGCUGAAUGCUUUUGGGCUAGCCUCGCUGAAGAAGAUGAACAAAAUCUGCUUAGUGAUAAGAUCAACAAGACACUUGCAGAAUGUUUGAAUCUCAUUGAAAAGGGCUUUGUAGGUGAAACAGUAUAUUCCAUUUUGGAAAACCUGAUAGUGAAAAUACCAGAAGCAAAAAAGUUUGCGAAGUAUUGGGUGUGUCAGAUGCGUCUUGAACAGUUUCGCUCCACAGAAAAAGUAAUAACUAUUUAUGAAAACGCAAUUCUUGCAGGAGCGCAGCCUAAGGAUGAGCUGCGUCAUACAUUUGCGGACGUUAUAAAGGCUAGACUAGAUCUGCCAAAAACUGAUGAAUGUGUGAAGGAAGAAAACACAGUAAAUCCUGUGGGACCAGCUGAAAGAGAGAUUGAAGAGGCUUUCAAGGAAGUCGGUUUGAAUAACGAGGUAGAGCAUAGUAAUGAAGCUUUUCAAGAAUCAACAGAAAUUUGCUCAAAAAUCAAAGAAGAAUGUUGUAAGGAAAAAAAGAACAAAAGUAAAGAACAAAUGCAGAAAGACUUAAAAAAUGAAGAAACUGCUACCAAUGCUGAGAAUGAUAGAAUCCUAGAGAUUAAGACUCCUGAAAAUGAAAAAAGCUCAUAUUUAAUAAAAUAUAAUUUGUCAACAACUUCCCACUUAGAAAGCACAAAAAAAAGGCUGCAGUGUGGUGAUUCUACAAUUAAAAAUCUGAAAUUCCUAACACCUGUGAGACGGUCCUGUCGCAUUCAGGAAAAAGGAAAUAGAUUACCAAGUAUGCUGAAAGAACAUAGUCCUUGUGUGUCUUCGCUUGAACAGCUUGGAGAAUUGGGAGAUGAAGGCACAGGUUUCAUCUACAGACCAAACAAUGCACUGCAAACUGUUAACACUGCAACUAUCAGUCAACAGGAGCAAAACAGAGAAUGAAAGCAUAUGUUUUUCAUUUAAGCUGGUUAACUCAGUGCAGGUGUUAAAUACCCAUGGUUUAGCUAACUUUUUAUUUAGCUUUACUGUACUAAAUAAACAAAACAUCUAAUAUGGGAAGGAUUGCUAUGCUUUAACAUGUAAAAGAGAUAAAUUUAUAACAGUCUUACCAUUAAUGACACUAAACUACCGUACUUUUCAAAGUAUAAGAUGCACCUUUUUUUCUCAAAAAGGCUCAAAAUCUAGGUGCCUAUUCUACACUGAAUACAGCAUUUUUUCUCUAUCUCUUUGUAUCUCUCUAGCCCUCUACCUACCUACCUUUUUUUUUAAAAUUUGCCUCUUUAAAAUUUUGCUGCAUCUUAUACUCUUAUACGGUAAUUGUAUGAUGAGAUGAUAGUGUUUAAUGAAGUUGAACUUUGUGGGUAAGGAAUAUAAGAACAUUGUGUCUAAUUUAUAGAUCUGAAGAUAACCUUUAAAAAUAUUGGCAAUACUCACUAACCUUUUUGAUAAUUUUCAAUGUGUGUUGAAUGUUAAUUCACUUUUACUGCUGAUGUAAACUUUUUAAAUUUACCUUUUUUCAAAACUUGUCUGAAUGUCACAUUCUCUUGGUGUGUAUAUAUGUGUAUAUUAUAUAAUAUACAUAUGUAUUAUAUGUAUGUUGGUGUAUAUAUGUAUGUUUAUUACAUGUUUGGGUAGACAAAGAGAUUGAAAUAAAACUAACA